AUGCCUACUAGACUCGCUGCGCGCUCGUUGAGUCCGUUCAUUCAGAGCAUUGCCAGCACAAGCACGGGCAAGACACAGCAUUACCUUCUCGCCGCACCCAGCCGCCGCACAAUCUUUACCGGUUCAGUCCCAAAUUCGAGCCAUGCACACAUACACAAAAGAAAGAGGUUAUCAGAAUAUGGAAAUAGCGUGCAACGCCGUUGCUUCCAUGCGUCACAUCCCUCGAAUGCCGCGACCAAGGAUCCGUAUCAAGUGCUGGGUGUGAAGAAGGACGCGUCCAAAUCCGACAUUAAGAAGGCUUACUUCGACCUCGCAAAGAAGUAUCAUCCGGAUACAAACAAGAAUGCGUCUGCGAAAGACAAGUUCGUAGAAAUCCAGUCAGCUUGGGAUAUCCUUAGUGACGAUCAGAAGCGAGCAGCCUACGAUCAGUACGGUGCUGCCUCCACUCAACCUGGUUUCGAUCCAGAUGCUUUUGCAUCCGGACGUGGUCCAUUUGGUGGCGGCGGAUUUGGAGGUUUCCAGGACUUCGGUGGCCCAUUUGGUGGUGCUGGAGGACGGUCAGGGGCAGAUAUAUUCGAACAGCUAUUCGGCUCCGCAUUCGGUGGAAGACGUACACGAGGUUUUGCAGAGGAGGUCACACGAGGAGAAGACGUCCAGGUUUCCGUUAAUAUUGGCUUCCUCGAUGCCUGCAAGGGCUGCGAACGAACGGUAAAAAGCACGCCAGUCGUGGACUGCAAGACCUGCUCUGGCACAGGCCUACGACCCGGUCACCAGAUGGCUCAGUGCGGCGCAUGUGGUGGGACAGGUACGCGGACGUUCAUGCUAGAUGGUGGGUUCCAGAUGGCAAGCACGUGUCAAGCAUGCCACGGUCGUGGAACGACAAUACCCAAGAACGGAUCAUGCGUUGAUUGUUCUGGCAUGGGGAAGGUCAAAGAGCGUAAGACCGUGGAUGUUACGAUUCCUCCAGGCGUGGAAGACGGCAUGGUCAUCCGCAUUCCGGGUCACGGCGACGCUCCAAUGUCUGGCAAGGGUUCGGCUGGAGACCUGCACGUCCAGGUUCACGUUACACCUUCCAAGGUUUUCAGGCGACAGGGUUCGAACUUGUACCACGAUGCGACCAUACCCCUGCACACCGCCCUGCUUGGUGGACAGGUUAAGGUACCGACGUUGGAUGGAGACGUUGCCGUCAGGGUCGUUCCUGGAACCCAGCAAGGGCAGGAGUUCGUUCUGAAAGGCAGAGGGGUCCCCUCGUUGCAUGACAACAGCAAGAACAAAGGAGACCUUUUCGUCGCAUUCACAGUGAAGCUACCAAGGAGCUUGACCACCCGCCAGCGUGAGAUCUUGCAGGCCUAUGCCGAUGAUGUGGAGGGACGGCCAUCAUCAUGGGGCAGGAUCCAGAAGUCAUCCACCUCCCCCCCUUCGGAUUCAGGAUCGGGAUCUGCAGCAGGAUCUCAACCAUCGUCUGCGUCGUCCGCGGAAGAGUCAGCACCAACGCAUCGGUCAGGCGACUGGCUGUCGUCUGCUUGGAAUAGAGUAAAGCGGCUCAUCAUAAAUCCUUCUUCAUCUGUCGCACCUAACAAUACAGUGGAGGAAGGCUCUGAGCAAUCUGAACACGAGGCUACCCCGAAGGCCAAGAAGAAGAAGGCAACUGCUUGA